AUGGAGGUAUUGAAAAAACAUUUCUCUGGGAACCUUAUGUCCGUUGAGAUUCGCUCAAGGGGUGAUAUUGUGUUAAAUGUUGCUCCAAGUGGUAUUGCAUCUUUACUUCUUCCCAAUGGAAGAACGACACACUCAAGGUUCAAAAUAUCGCUGAAUAUAACUGAGGAUUUUAUAUGUAACAUCAAACCUAGUUCCCCUCAAGCAAUGCUGCUGUUGAAAGCCAAACUUAUAAUUUGGGAUGAGGCUCCAAUGGUUAGUAGGUACUGCUAUGAAGCGCUUGAUAAAUGUUUAGGUGAUAUCAUGAGGUUUUCUCCAACAUAUAACAAAGAUUUACCCUUUGGAGCAAAAGUGGUUAUACUCGGUGGAGACUUUAGACAAGUCUUUCCUGUCAUUUCACGAGGAUUGAGACAAGAUAUCAUUCAUUCAACCGUGAAUUCGUCUUACCUUUAG